ACACGUGUCACAAGAACGUCACGAGAUCUCAGUCACACUCCAGCGAACUUCUGAGGAUCCUCGCAAAACCAGUGCCCUGGGGGCAAGCGGGCCGGGCGAGGAGGAGCAAUGCCAGACCCGAUGACGUCCCACUUUGGUCCCCUCAGGCAGCUUUUUACCCUCUUUGUCAGUAAACCGCAUUAGCCAAACCCCAGUAGAAAGAAUGCUGCACGCAGGCACGCCUGCCAUUUGGACAGACGCUAAGGCCCGGAUAAGCUGUUCUCUCCCCUGCUAUUAGUUGUGGUCCUAACACCUGGCAGUGCAGCACCUGCAUCCAAUCACCUCAGUUCUCGGUGUAGUGGGUGGAACACAUGCUCUGAGUUUGUUGCUUUCUGUACAAGUGUUGACGGUAAUUAUGAUCAAGGCACCACAGAACUGGACUUUGGUGAUCGAGAUUUCACCCGAGUCGAAAACGCACGUCGGCCAUCAUCAUGACUCGACCAAGUCGACUCCGACAGAAGUGGCCGAGAGGUACAGGAAGCUUCAGUCCCAGACAAACGGACACUUUGAGACGCCACCAGCGGAGGGGAAGAUGGUUCCAGCCUUCUCCAAGAAGAAGCUGUCCUUCUGAGGAAGGAGUUUGGUGUUUGGCGCAGUCUUCUCAUUCAUCUAAGUCGUAUACCAGUCACAUCUUUGUAUUUAUUCAAGCUCAGGGACUUCCCACACAACCCAUAAUCAAACCUGACCCAAACUCCACAAAGUGCCCUUCUCCUACCCUACCUGGAAGCUUUCUGCAACAACAACAACAACAGCAACAACCACAACAGCUUGUUUCUUUAGAGUUCACCCCCCAUUCCAAGUGCACAAGUACACCCGCAUCCCUAUUCCCACUGCACAAGAGCUGGCACCUUCUGAGGACAGAGGUUUGUAGGCCCGGCCAUGAGAUGUCUUCAUCACGAUCUGCUAGGACGGCAGGAGCCAAGGUGAUAGCCAGACAUGCCAGCAAGGAUAGAGUCAUCAACUCAUAUCCACUGGUUCUAGGAACCAUGAGAAGUGUGCCUUACAGACAAGAUUCCACCCCGUACCUGGCCUUCAACUUCAACCCCAAGGUCAAAGCUGCCUGCUCAGCGCAGAAGGCUGUCACGUCCUCGUUGAGGAUCUGUAAAGCCAUUGUGAUUGGUGAUGUGGCCGUGGGGAAGACCUGCCUCGUUAACAGGUUCUGUAAGGACACCUUUGACCGUGACUACAAGGCUACCAUAGGGGUGGACUUUGAAGUGGAGAGGUUUGACAUCCUGAACACACCCUUCAACUUACAAGUAUGGGAUACAGCAGGCCAAGAGAGGUUCCAAUGUAUAGCUGCAGCCUACUACAGAGGGGCUCAUGUCAUUAUCGUUACCUUUGACCUGUUGGACAUCAAGACCCUAGAACACACACAGAGCUGGCUGGAGGCAGCCAUGUUGGAAAACACAGAGAACCAUCCUCUCAUCUUCUUGGUUGGAACAAAGAAGGACCUUUGUAGCAAAGCCGUCUAUGAGAAAGUAGAAGAGGAUGCUGUUAGAACAGCGAAGGAAUUGGGAGCUGAGUUCUGGGGUGUUUCCUCUAAAACAGGUGAAGGUGUGAAAGACUUCUUCUUCCGGGUUGCUGGCCUUGCCUUUAAUGAAGCUGUGCUGAAGGAAGUGGAUGUGUCCAGCCCCUCCAAACAGAUAGUCACCAGCGACCUCAUCAAGGUGGACAGGAAUACAAAAUUACCGGAGCACAAGAAGUCCAGAUGUGGCGGGAAAUGUUCUACCUGACGCAGAGCGGCAUAAACAUAUACAGAUUUAUGUAGUCAUAGUUACAGUAAAAUAUAACAAUAUUCCCUCACAAAUGAAAAUACACAAUGAACAUUCCUUCACACUUAAUAAAUACAUGUAGACAAACAUUCCCUCAUGCUUAACAAAUAUUAUACAAACUUUUCCUCCCACUCAACAAAUGUACAAACAUUCCCUUGGACACAGUAGAUAUGCAUUCCCUCACACUUAACAAAUAUACAAACAUUCCUUCACUUGCUUAUAAUUGUCUACCCUUGCCAUUUCACAUUGUCCAGCCUGUACAUAUAUGAGUACAUGUAGGUAUUCAUCAUACCGGCUGUACUCCAGAGGUGGAGCAUUCUUAGAAAGUUAAAUCUCCAGCUUUUGCCAUUCAUUAUUUCUUUCUGGACCUCUCCAUUUUUUUCAUCAAUAUUAUAAGUAUAGAAAAUACUAAACACUCCUUGUAUUUGUUAAAAGGUAUCUUUGCAAUCCAACACUUGUAGUGAUAUCCUACUUUCCAUAUGUACAUGUAUAAGAGGAAAUCAAUUAGAUCCAUCAUAUUAAGGGACUGUCCCCAAAAGGUAUUCCUUCAUUCAUAGUAACUAAUAACCUGUACUGAUGUAUGCAGUGGUACAUGUACUUAUGCAUUAUGAAGAUGUUUGCUUGGUUUUCCUUUGAUCUAUUAUUUUCUUCUUAUCAUAAUUUAUAUUAUGAUGCUGUCCUUUUGUUUAGUGUGAUGUGGACAUGUUUAAUGUAGAGUUUUACAAAAUGAAUUUGAAAUGGAUUACCACUGUCUGAAUCAGUUAUUAAAAGUUUACAAAACAAAUUUGGCAAAACAACAGACUUCAAAACAAUACAAACAGGCUAGUCUGAGGGACUACUGUAAAACACUAUCAUAAGCCAAGGAUGAAAGCUUCUUCCAUAAGCUAAGCUGCCUAAAGGUACGGCACUUAAUGAGCUGUCAAAGUGUCAUCAUGUUUUGUGUGCUAUUUUUACUUCCCUUUCCUCAGUACAUUCAGAGUGACCAUACACUUUUACCCAAAAGCAUCUGAAAUUGUCUAGGGAAUUGAAUACAUCCAAAAUAUUAGGUAUCAAAGACUUUGUAAUGACUUCCAAGGAAAUCAUGUAUUUUUAUAAGACUAUCAUAGUUAUUAUCACUUUGUGUUGUGGUGUGGUGUUUUUAAAUGUCAGGUUAUGUUGCAUCAUUGUAUCAUAAUGCUCCAAAAAUGUUAUUAUAUACACUAUGUACCAAAUAUUGUACUUACAUAUCCAGAUACAUACGACAAUACGGAGAAGGCAUAUCAGAAACUUAAAGUUGUGCAAAACUAGGACCAGUUUGAUAAAAAAUCAGAGGUACUUGGCUGAUACAACAUUGCAAUAUUUCUUCGGUUUCAAAAUCAAUCAAUGCACUAAGUAGACCAAAUGUUUCUAAACCAGGCAAUCAUUUCAGUACAAGUUGUUUAAUCAAACUUCUCAGCGAUGAAAAAAACUCUUUAAGUUAUUUGUCAGUCUGGAGUGUUGGCUUAAUUUUAGUGUUUUUGUCAACUUUAUAUGUGUUACUUGUAGUUUCGCCCUGGUAUACAGAAUGUUAGCAAAAAUUAUUAUAUUAAAGUGGCUGUAUCAGUAUCAAGAAACAAAGAUUUUUGGUGAUUUCUUCCCAAGAUUGUAUUUACACGCUGGUGGUCUAUGGUAUGAAACACUGAAAAUGUGAAUUUGAUGACUGGAAUAAAAGAAGAACAGUUGCUGACUUACGAACUAGGGUAUACAUGAAAAUUGUAUUUAGUUUUGGCUCUUGUAUUAUGGUUAAUUAAAGACAUAUAGUUGGACUACUUCAAUAAAGUUUUUUUAUUACCU